AUGACGCCCUUCCAAAGCCGUGUCAGAAGUUCAAAGAUUCAGGUUGUUAAAGAGGACGAGGACUGCAGCCGCCGGUCCACCGCCCGGUUGAACAGCUGCUGCACAGGAUCAAACGCCGAAGGGCGGGUUUUCGAGGUUUUUAACCCUAAGGUGAGCCGAGGGAACGGCAGAAAAAAGACCAAAUUCGGCGCUGCCCGGUGGCCAAAGCCAAGGCGCACCGCCCCCUGCGUUCGGAGUAGCGCUGUCCGCCGCGGGUGGCCAGGGAGGGGCGCGGGACCGAAGGGAGGGCCGCCGCCCCCCCCAUCGCCACCCGCGGGGAAGGCGCCCCGGGCGAGACCCGGCCCCAGCAGGUGCCCCGGGGAUCAGACGGGGCGCCUUGGGCCCGGCAGCGCGUCCGAUGGAAGCGUGGGCUGGCCAGGCCCCCCGACGGAAGAGAGCCCAGCUCGGCGCCCCGGCCCUCUCGCCACCCUAACGGUUUCUGCAGCGCCUGUUCCGGGUUGGGACGGGGCUGGACGGCUCGGCGUCAGCCACCUUCCUAGACUCCCGCUUUCUGUUUCACCCGAGAGACCACGAACGCUACCGCCGCCAUGCUUACUACGGAUCCGGGAGGAGGAGUCGGGAGUCGGUGCGCUGAGUGCGGCUGCGCGAGCCCCGCCGACGGCGCCCCCGGCCGGCCGGGAUCCCCAACGAACCCCUGCCCGCGCACGCCGUGCCGCGGGUCUCUCCCCGGAGUGUGAGACCCAGCGGGGCCGAGCGUGGGCAGUCAGAGCGCCCGCCACGCUCCCCAAGCGCCCGCUACCUUCCCAAUCCAGGCCGUCUCUCGUGGCCCGGCGGCUCCUGGCUCGUCGUCGCCCCCGCCGCGGCUAGGCUCUGAAUCACCCCCAGGAAGCGAGUUAAUUGACGUUCCGAGGUCCCCUCAUUUCUCUAUCCACGUUCUAAAAAGCGCCCCCUGAGACGCACCGUGUCGGCCCUUUUCGGCAAGCGCUCGAACUUCUUGCUGGCAGGUGCUUUGGAGGACACUUAACCCCCGGGGACUAGGAAGCCAACUUGGGUGGGCUCGUAGGUUUCCAGUCCCAGGUACACAGAGCCCGGUAUCUUGGCAGCACCCCAAAAUAAUUUACUUCAGUUGAAAACUGGGAUUCUUAGCUAGGCAGGUUUUGUAGAAACCAUUACCUUAAUUUUUACAACAGCACGAAGAUAGAAGUGAACGAAUGCAGGAGAGGUUUCGUUAAACCUCAAGCAAUGGGGGGGCGCUGCAAUAAUGUCUAAGGCCAGUGGGCCUGCGUGCUUUUGCUGUUUCCUCCGGAAGACGGGAAGGGUAGUUUUUGAGACCCGGAGUGCUACCCCAGGAAAUGUCCUUUGGAAAAUGGUGAUGAAUGUAACCAAGCACCACGUUUGGGGUUAUUUUAGUGUAUUAACUGUGCGGCCUUUUCAAAUGGCAAUGUUUUAAAACUGUUUUUGCAAAAAUUUCUAUAAAAUACACGUAUUUCCCACAUUUUUAAGGAAUAGAAUGGUUAAUGAAAUCCUUUUUGUUGGUGACUAAACAUCUUAUAUGAUAGCCUGGCCAUCUAUCCAUUGAAGUCCCAGGGGACCCCUGAGUUAUAUAAAAUUCCUACUUUGGUGCUUUUUUCUCUUUGUAAUGUUCUCAUCAUCUUUUCAAAUAUCUAUCACUUCUCAUCUCCUCUUCUGCCUCUUUAUCUACUUUGAUCCUUCCUCUCAUGCUUUCUACUUUGCUGUUUAUUUUAAUUUUUACUCCUUUUUCUUCUUUCUCUGCUGCUCUUUGCUAUGGCUCCAGAUGAUGAGUAGUCAAGUAUUUAUAUCCACAGCCAGCUAAUGAGAGGUUCCUUUUCUUCCCAUCGUAAAAAUGACAGUGACCCUAUAUCAAAUGGUAUCUUGAGAUAUUUUCAUUGCUCUUCACUAUCGAAAGUUCUUUUCCCGUGAGAGAAGUUUCCGUUUUUUUAACUUCCACAAUUGGCCUUUUUCCAGGCAAAAUUGCUAGAGAUCUAUCUGAUCUUGGAAUAACUGAAGCUUAACUGUAUGAUUUUUUUUGUUUGUUUGCCCUUGCUUUUUUUUUUGGUACCAGGAUUGAACUUGGGACCUUGCGCUUUCGAGGCAGGCACUGGAACCAGUGAGCUAAAUCCCCUGACUGUAAUUGUAUGUUAUUUUAAAAUAUAAGCCUUAUCAGAGCAUGAGUUCAUUGACUUUUCCAUAUUGCUGCCUAGGCCUGUUUGGUCUGAGGUUAAACUAGUGGUUUACAAACUUAACUUUUAAGAUAGUAAUUUCUAAAACAUGCUGCUUAGUAGCUUUUUAAAAAUGCAGAAUCCUGCAAUCUAAUCCUCAAAAUUCUGAUUCCUCGAUGCAAGGGGUAGGCUAAGAAAUAGCAUUAAAAAUAAUCAAUGUUUUAAAAAGUAUGUUUGGGACAUACCCACUAGACAGAGAAAGAACAACUAUUUUGAAGGACAGUAGGGCAUCUAGUUCAAGAAUGUCGUUGAAGUAGACCUGAAGAUUGCAGUAUGAUAUCCAAUGCUGUAAGAUGGAAUUAAGUGAGGAUUUGGGAAUUUAUAUCCUAUGGAGAGAAUGAAACAUACACAUACACACACAAAUGACCAUAACUUGGGCCCCCAGUGUAAGUUCUCCAGGUACACAGAGUGGAAUAAGAAUUUAUGUUGGCUUUAAACAAGUCACCUCAAUGCUUUAUUUUUAUUAUCAACUUUCGUCUUCCCUGAGUGCUCAGCAAUACUCAAUACUUUGAUCACAAUUCUUUAAAUGUUUCUUGUUGCUUUGGCACUGCAUCUUAGUUUUCACCCUACUUUUCUGGGCACUGCUUCUCUAAUUCCUUUUCAGAUUCCUGUUCCUCUCUUUCCCAAAUAUAAAAGAUCCUCAAAAUUCAGUUUAUAUUUGUUCUUGUUCUUAUUAUAAUCUUAUAGCCUGUGCAAUAUCACCCAUACCCAUGGCUUUAGUUAUCAUAUAUAUGCCUAUUAUUUCCACAGAUAUGCUUCUAGUCCAGAGUCUUCCCCUAAAUACUAAAUCUGAUAUGAACUGCUUCAUUGACAUGUCUUCUUAAUGUCUCAGCGUUACAAAGUUUAGAACAACUGAAUUUGUGAUCUCUUUUUGUUUUCCUUUUCCCUCAUCUAUUCAAUUUCCAGUCAAACAUCUAGUAGUCAUCCAUGAUGUCUCCCUCAUCUUCCUGUAUUUGUAGCGCUGUCGAACCCCUAGUUAUUUUAUCUCCAAAGUCUCUUAAUAAAAGAUAAUAUAAGUGGAAAGUCCACUUCUUUCCAAUCAUCAUCAAUCUAUUUUGAUCUAUACAAAUAAUCUGCACCCUUUCAUUCAUUCUCCACUUUGCAGCCAAAAUCAUAUCUUAUAAUGCAAAUAGAACCAUGUUGCUUGUUACAUAAAACCUUAAAUAGUUUUUCAAUGUUCUAGAAUGAGAUUAGAGUUCUUAAAGUAACCUAUUAAAACGUGGUAUCUGGCCCUGUUUGCCUUUUCAGUCUCUUCUCACACUACUUUCCCCUUGCUUCCUGGGCAGAAGACUCCUGGCCUCCUUUUAGUUUCUCAAAUGAGCUGUGAUCCCAAGAGCUGAAGGUUCUCUGCAUCUGCUCUUCUUCUCCCUUUGCCCAUCAUAUCUCUUAUUCACCCUUCAGAUCUCCGUUUGAAAGGGACGUCUUUGGGAAAAACAUUUCUGACUUCCUAGACAAGUUCAGGAUUCCUGGUUGAUGUCAGCUCUUGUACCACCAUAUACCUUUCCUUCAUAUGAUUUACCACAGUUCAUAGUUAAAUUUUCAUAUGCGUGAAUAGUGUGUCUGUUGCUCCGUUCAUAAGGAGAUCGUGUGUAUUUGGCUUGCAUAGUGCCUGUUACAUAAGGAGGUGCCCAAUAAAUAUUUCUUGAAUGAUUAAAUGUUGUUCUUUAUGGUUCCUUCUAGAUUACUGGAUCAUGAAAGUAGGAAAUUACUGAUCACUUUCAAGAGAAAAAUCUUCAGUAUGAAAGAUGCAGGAAUGUGUUGGGAGAUAAUUGUUCAUGAGAUUCUCAUAAUUUUGUGUCUUAAGCUUUUGUUCUGGACUAUCUUUUCUGAAAUGUUUGUCAAACAGCUUUGGAAAAUAGAUAUAGUGUCCUCUACCAGAACAGAGAGGAUAUGUGUUUAUCAUCCAGUAUAGUAAAGAUAGUAUCUCAUUCUGAAUUCAAGCUUGGUCAGUUUUAUUGCAGCACAUUAUAAAAGAUUGGGAGUUUCCAAAGCUUAGGGAUCCUCAGCUGUGAUGUAAACACCAUGUUGCCUUAGGUGAGACCUGAGAGGCAGGGAGACUGACUGAACAGGACACUAGUGCUCCCUGCCAUAUUAUGAAUAAUGUUGGCCUUUGACCCAAAAGACCUGUGUCUUCUGCCAGCAUCCACAAAACUAUGGCAGGUUAAGUUAAUAGCUUGCAAGGAGGAUAAAAUCUCAGACUUCACAUUUGGUAUGGUCUGGUGAGUUGAAA